AUGUGGCUGAGAGUUGAGCUUGUGGAGGUUUGUAUGGAGUUUGAGAAAUUUAUAGAGAUAGGAAAGACUUUAGGACUGGAGAAAGCAGAUCUGCAGAAAUUUGUUAAGGAGCAGAUGGAUGAAUGGAGAGAACAGGUGAAACUUGAUAGAGAAGAGCGAGCUAAAGAAAGAGACGCUGCUAAGGAGUUGGCUGAGGCAAAUGCUAGGGAAAAGGAACUUGAGAGACUGGAUAAGGAACGUGAAAGAGCAUUUCAACUGGAGAUGGAGUAUGAGAAAAGUAAGAGAGGUAGUGGCAUUCUUACAUCAAAUGAUGAUUCAGGUAUUCAUGGAGUCAAAAUUAGAAUGCAUGUAUUUCAAGAUGGGAAAGACGACAUGGAUGCAUACUUGACAAGCUUUGAGAGGAUGUCUGUAGCACAGAAGUCGCCUAAGAAGGACUGGGCAAUUCAUUUAGGAACUUUAUUGACGGGCAAAGCUAGGAAUGUCUAUGUACGGCUAAGUAGUGAGGAUGCAAUGGAUUAUUGUAAAUUAAAGAAUGCUUUGUUGCACAGGUAUGACUUGACUCAAGAGGGAUUUAGGCAAAAGUUUAGGUCAGCGAAAAUAGAAGUAGGAGAAACAUACACACACUUUUUGAGUAGAAUAACAGGAUAUGUUGAUAGAUGGAUUGACUUGAGUGGGAUUAAUCAGGAUUACAAUGGACUGUUAGAUUUGUUAUUGCGGGAACAGCUCUUAAAUGUUGCAAGUAAUGAAUUAACAUUGUAUUUAAAAGAGAGAACACCGGAAAGUGCAGACAAGGUGGCGAAAUUAGCAGAGACAUUUGUAGAGGCCAGAAGAGGAGCAUUUCACAGCUGGAAGCCAGAAGAAAGAGAGAAUUCAGGAGAAUUACGAGACGGGGAAGGAGGAUACUCAGGAUUUGGACGAGGAAGAGGAUUGGGAAAGAGAGCCAAAGAUGCCAUGACGAAAGAUAUAGCACAGACGAUAGGAAUUAUGGAGACACGAGCCCAAGUGAAGAAGAGGGAUCUGAAGAUGCAGCCUUUGAUUACACCAACCAUACAUAUUGAUGGUGUGGACUCAGAACGAAUCCGAAUUGAACAGCGGAAAGAUGAAGGUGCAAAUAUUGGCGACAAUUGCACGACUGAUUCCGAAUGCCCGGGUUAUUCCAUUUGUCAACCGAGGGGGUGUGACGGAUUCAAAUGUCUGUGUAAUCCACACUACGUGUCCAGUGAUGAUCUCGUAUCAUGUCUGCACGCUGUACGUAUAGAAGAACCGUGCGGUGUAAACGUCACGUGCAUUCCUGUUGGAAAGUCUUUCUGCAACACGGCCAGUCAGACGUGCGAGUGCGACCCAGCAUUCACAACUACGACAACGACACCCAAGACGUGUCACUUGCCAUUCCAAGGACUGGCGGUAGGGGAGACGUGUGAGACGUCAUCAGAAUGUGGGUUUAACAAGGAAUGCACGAGCGAAAAUAAAACAUGCCAGUGCGAGACAGGGUGGAGGAAGAGGUCAGAACUGGAAUUUUGGGCCGACCCAAACGAGUUGUCAGAUUGUGUUGUAGAAGAUUACUCAUCUUGUGUGGAUUCAAGAGAUCCGAAGCAGCAUGGUGACAAAUGCCUUUACGACUGCGAGUGUGACGACAUACCCUGCGUAAACGGAACCUGCCUUGCCUCCAGACUCGUGGGCGAGAGCUGCACAGACGACUCACAGUGCACACAGAGCUUAGCAGGGUGCGUCAAGGGACGCUGCGCCAUCUUGAAAGACAUGGGAGAUCCCUGCACCGACAGCGGUGAGUGUAAACAGAGCACGUCCGUGUGUCUGAACAGCAUGUGUUUGAUGUUGAAAGAUCCAGGUGAAAGCUGCUUUAACUCCCUCGAGUGUCAAAACAGUAAUUCUGAUUGUCCUAGCGGAAUAUGCCAGAUCCUAAAAUCAGUGGGAGAGACCUGUUCUCAAAGGUUGGGAUUCGGCUUGUGUGCGAUUAUGAGAAAGGCAGGAGAGUCGUGCACGAACAGCACGGUCUGUCAUGAAAACCACACGCAGUGCGUUAAUAACGUCUGUGUGAUCAUGAAAGAAAUAAGAGAAGAAUGCAAUGAUAAAAGUGAAUGCCAAAACAGCUCCGCCGAGUGUGUUAACGGAGUUUGUUUUGUACUUAAGGACUUAGCAGAGGGUUGCACAGAUAAAACAGAAUGUAAAAACAUUUCCGCCAGUUGUGUUAAUGGAGUCUGUUUUGUACGUAAGGAGUUAGGAGAAGAAUGCAAUGAUAAAAGUGAAUGUCAAAACAGUUCCGCCGAUUGUGUUAAUGGAGUUUGUUUUGUACAUAAGGGUUUAGGAGAAAGAUGUACAGAUAAAGCUGAAUGUAAAAACAGUUUCGCCGAUUGUGUUAAUGAAGUCUGUUUUGUAUUGAGGGAGUUAGGAGACAGUUGUACAGAUAAAGCUGAAUGUAAAAACAAUUCCGCCGAGUGUGUCAAUAGAGUCUGUUUUGUAUUGAAGGAGUUAGGAGAGAGUUGUACAGACAAAAUGGAAUGUAAAAACAGUUCCGCCGAGUGUGUUAAUGGAGUUUGUUUUGCAUUGAAGGAGUUAGGAGACAGUUGUACAGAUAAAGCUGAAUGUAAAAACAGUUCCGCCGAGUGUGUCAAUAGAGUUUGUUUUGUAUUGAAGGAGUUAGGAGAGAGUUGUACAGACAAAACUGAAUGUAAAAACAGUUCCGCCGAGUGUGUUAAUGGAGUUUGUUUUGCAUUGAAGGAGUUGGGAGAGAGUUGUACAGACAAAACGGAAUGUAAGAACAGUUUUGCAAAUUGUGUUAAGGGAAUUUGUUUUAUACAGAAGUAUUUAGGAGAGAGUUGUACAGAGAAAACAGAAUGUGAAAACAGUUCUGCCAGUUGUGUUAAGGGAGUUUGUUUUAUACCGAAAGGUUUAGGAGAGAAUUGUACAGAUAAAAUAGAAUGUAAAAACAGUUUCGCCGAUUGUGUAAAUGGAGUUUGUUUUGUACUUAAGGAGUUAGGAGAGGGUUGCUCACAUAAAACAGAAUGUAAAAACAGUUUCGCCGAUUGUGUAAAUGGAGUUUGUUUUGUACUUAAGGAGUUAGGAGAGGGUUGCUCACAUAAAACAGAAUGCAAAAACAGUUCCGCUGAUUGUGUUAAUGGAGUCUGUUUUAUACAGAAGGGUUUAGGAGAGAGUUGUACAGAUAAAGCUGAAUGUAAAAACAGUUUCGCCGAUUGUGUUAAUGAAGUCUGUUUUGUAUUGAGGGAGUUAGGAGAAAGUUGUACAGAUAAAGCUGAAUGUAAAAACAGUUCCGCCGAGUGUGUCAAUAGAGUUUGUUUUGUAUUGAAGGAGUUAGGAGAGAGUUGUACAGACAACAUGGAAUGUAAAAACAGUUCCGCUGAUUGUGUUAAUGGAAUUUGUUUCGUACUUAAGGAGUUAGGAGAGGGUUGCACACAUAAAACGGAAUGUAAAAACAGUUUAGCUGAUUGUGUUAAUGGAGUUUGUUUUAUACAGAAGGGUUUAGGAGAGAGUUGUACAGAUAACGCUGAAUGUAAAAACAGUUUCGCCGAUUGUGUUAAUGAAGUCUGUUUUGUAUUGAGGGAAUUAGGAGAAAGUUGUACAGAUAAAGCUGAAUGUAAAAACAGUUCCGCCGAAUGUAUCAAUAGAGUUUGUUUUGUAUUGAAGGAGUUAGGAGAGAGUUGUACAGACAAAACUGAAUGUAAAAACAGUUCCGCCGAGUGUGUUAAUAGAGUUUGUUUUGCAUUGAAGGAGUUAGGAGAGAGUUGUAGAGAGAAAACGGAAUGUGAAAACAGUUCUGCCAGUUGUGUUAAGGGAGUUUGUUUUAUACAGAAGGGUUUAGGAGAGAAUUGUACAGAAAAAAUAGAAUGUAAAAACAGUUUAGCUGAUUGUGUUAAUGGAGUUUGCUUUGUACUUAAGGAGUUAGGAGAGGGUUGCACAAAGAAAACAGAAUGUGAAAACAGUUUCGCCGAUUGUGUAAAUGGAGUUUGUUUUGUACUUAAGGAGUUAGGAGAGGGUUGCACACAUAAAACGGAAUGUAAAAGCAGUUUAGCUGAUUGUGUUAAUGGAGUUUGUUUUAUACAGAAGGGUUUAGGAGAGAGUUGUACAAAUAAAGUUGAAUGUAAAAACAGUUUCGCCGAAUGUGUCAACAGAGUUUGUUUUGUAUUGAAGGAGUUAGGAGAGAGUUGUACAGACAAAACUGAAUGUAAAAACAGUUCCGCCGAGUGUGUUAAUGGAGUUUGUUUUGCAUUGAAGGAGUUAGGAGAGAGUUGUACAGACAAAACGGAAUGUAAAAACAGUUCUGCCAAUUGUGUUAAGGGAAUUUGUGUUAUACAGAAGCAUUUAGGAGAGAGUUGUACAGAGAAAACGGAAUGUGAAAACAGUUCUGCCAGUUGUGUUAAGGGAGUUUGUUUUAUACAGAAGGGUUUAGGAGAGAAUUGUACAGAUAAAAUAGAAUGUAAAAACAGUUUAGCUGAUUGUGUAAAUGGAGUUUGUUUUGUAUUGAAGGAGUUAGGAGAGAGUUGUACAGACAACAUGGAAUGUAAAAACAGUUCCGCUGAUUGUGUUAAUGGAAUUUGUUUCGUACUUAAGGAGUUAGGAGAGGGUUGCACACAUAAAACGGAAUGUAAAAACAGUUUAGCUGAUUGUGUUAAUGGAGUUUGUUUUAUACAGAAGGGUUUAGGAGAGAGUUGUACAGAUAACGCUGAAUGUAAAAACAGUUUCGCCGAUUGCGUUAAUGAAGUCUGUUUUGUAUUGAGGGAAUUAGGAGAAAGUUGUACAGAUAAAGCUGAAUGUAAAAACAGUUCCGCCGAAUGUAUCAAUAGAGUUUGUUUUGUAUUGAAGGAGUUAGGAGAGAGUUGUACAGACAAAACUGAAUGUAAAAACAGUUCCGCCGAGUGUGUUAAUGGAGUUUGUUUUGCAUUGAAGGAGUUAGAGAGUUGUAGAGAGAAAACGGAAUGUGAAAACAGUUUCGCCGAUUGUGUAAAUGGAGUUUGUUUUGUACUUAAGGAGUUAGGAGAGGGUUGCACACAUAAAACGGAAUGUAAAAGCAGUUUAGCUGAUUGUGUUAAUGGAGUUUGUUUUGUACUUAAGGAGUUAGAAGAGGGUUGCACACAUAAAACGGAAUGUAAAAGCAGUUUCGCUGAUUGUAUAAAUGGAGUUUGUUUUGUACUUAAGGAGUUAGGAGAGGAUUGCACACACAAAACGGAAUGUAAAAGCAGUUUAGCUGAUUGUGUUAAUGGAGUUUGUUUUGUACUUAAGGAGUUAGGAGAGAGUUGCACAAAGAAAACAGAAUGUAAAAACAGUUCUGCCAGUUGUGUUAAGGGAGUUUGUUUUAUACAGAAGGGUUUAGGAGAGAAUUGUACAGAUAAAAUAGAAUGUAAAAACAGUUUAGCUGAUUGUGUAAAUGGAGUUUGUUUUGUACUUAAGGAGUUAGGAGAGAGUUGCACAAAGAAAACAGAAUGUAAAAACAGUUUCGCCGAUUGUGUAAAUGGAGUUUGUUUUGUACUUAAGGAGUUAGGAGAGGGUUGCUCACAUAAAACGGAAUGUAACAACAGUUUAGCUGAUUGUGUUAAUGGAGUUUGUUUUAUACAGAAGGGUUUAGGAGAGAGUUGUACAGAUAAAGCUGAAUGUAAAAACAGUUUCGCCGAUUGUGUUAAUGAAGUCUGUUUUGUAUUGAGGGAGUUAGGAGAAAGUUGUACAGAUAAAGCUGAAUGUAAAAACAGUUCCGCGGAGUGUGUGAAUAGAGUUUGUUUUGUAUUGAAGGAAUUAGGAGAGAGUUGUACACACAAAAUGGAAUGUAAAAACAGUUCCGCUGAUUGUGUUAAUGGAAUUUGUUUGGUACACAAGGGUUUAGGAGAGAAUUGUACAGAUAAAAUAGAAUGUAAAAGCAGUUUAGCUGAUUGUGUAAAUGGAGUUUGUUUUGUACUUGAGGAGUUAGGAGAGAGUUGUGCAGAUAAAAUAGAAUGUAAAAACAGUUUAGCUGAUUGUGUUAAUGGAGUUUGUUUUGUACGUAAGGAGUUAGGAGAGGGUUGCACAAAGAAAACAGAAUGUAAAAACAGUUUCGCCGAUUGUGUAAAUGGAGUUUGUUUUGUACUUAAGCAGUUAGGAGAGGGUUGCUCAGAUAAGACAGAAUGUAAAAACAGUUCCGCCGAAUGUGUUAAUGGAGUUUGUUUUGUGCUCAAGGAACUAGGUGACAGUUGUGCAGACACAAUGCAGUGUGAAAACAGUUCUGCCGACUGUAUUAACGGAGUUUGUUUUGUACUGAAGGAGUUAGGAGAAAGUUGUAUGGACAAGACACAAUGUAAACACAGUUCUGCCGACUGUAUUAACGGAGUUUGUUUUGUACCGAGGGAGUUAGGAGAAAGUUGUAUGGACAAGACACAAUGUAAAAACAGUUCUGCUGACUGUGUUAAUGGAGUUUGUUUUGUACUGAAGGAGUUAGGAGAGAGUUGUACAGACAAGACACAAUGUAAAAAUAGUUCGGCUGUAUGUGUUAACCACACCUGUGUGGAGACCUCUAACCGGACUCGGGGAGGCUGCGUCACUGACGGGUUACAGUGCCACGACGUGACUCCAGAUUGCCAGAGCGGACAAUGCCGACGACCUCCGCAACCAGAAAACGUCAUCAUAGCCGCAUCCCUGUCGGCUGUCCUACUCGUCGUCAUCAUCGUUGUUGUCGUAGCAGUUGCUUAUCUGAGAUACAGAACAUAUCGCAAAGGAAGCUCGGAUUUGAACUCUUCAACCAGAAGUUAAAGCAAUCGGGAGAUAACCUUAUGUAGCAAAAUUAUAUUGAGAACAGAAAUAAAC